CAUGGCUUCCCAUUGUUAUAUGCAGAUUUUUGCUCAUUCGCUCGGUAGCCGCAUAUCGUCGUCGUCGCUGCGCACAUUUUCGCACAUUAUGACUUGCAACCGCACUACUGCACUGUAUAUAAACUGCACAGUGCACAAAUCGUUUUUUCUAGCGGAAUUAAUGAAUGUGGAUACAUUACGCGGGAAUUAUGGCUGACUAAACUCAUGUGAAUUUUUAAUUGUGACCAAUUAGACGAUAUUUGUCAAAUGGAUCCUUCGAAUCUUGAAAUAAUGAGACGCGAGAGUUGCUGUGCACAAAUACCGUAUAUAGAUACAUUCCGCAAAUAAUGCGCCGAUGCCGCAUGCAUCGUUAUAUAUAUGGCACAAUGAAAACCGCAAUAAACGAGAACUGCUUGCAUCCGUCUUAAAUGGAAUAAUCUGGUGGAUUAAUCCCGGCUAUCUCUUGUCACAUGCAUGGAUAAGGAGGCCCUAGACAAUGAAAAUGGCAUUUUUUUGUCCACCUCCCUCUCUGAUUUUCAUACCGCGGAGCCUCUCUUCCCAUCGGCAGCCGACGAUACUGUGGAAACUAGUUUCAUUCAUGCGGAAUCAGAGGAGGAAAGCAGCGCCGAUAUGGAACGGCGUCCCCUACAGGGACGCAGCACGGCUGGCAAUGGUUUUGCGGAGGAUGAGGCCAGCUCGUCAGCCGGAGGCGGCACACUGGCCCCGCUCGAUCCCGAACUGAACGAUGUGCUGGAGAAACUUCUGACGCCGAAGAACACCUCUGAAUCCCUUGUGCUUCCCUCUUCUGACCAGCCGGAUACGGAUGUGGGGGAAGAUUCCGACCGGUUUGAUGAUGAAGAUUUCGACGAGCACCGCGGCUUUAGCGGAGCCACUUUACACACCCACCAUCCCCUUGUCCCGCAGUAUUUAAAAAAGAAACUGGGCCGCCGGAAAUCUAUCCCGCCUUCUGCCAGUCAUCCGGCACGUUUACAGGAGCGCACGUUUACUCCCGAAUUCCGAGCCUUAUUAGAUGCACCUGCCUCAUUUCCGCAUAUUCUGCAGCCGGUUAGUGAGCAGACAGAGCCCACCGACGGCGAUGAUCAACAGGAACCGCUGUUAUCAGCACUGGCCGAUGCCGGCCCACCAGUGUAUGGAGGGGAGCAUGAUCAUGAGCCUGAACAGGAGCCGGCAUUCCAGCCGACUAAGCCCUCCCGAGCCAAAUUUUAUUUCAGUGCCGAAUCCCUGGCGCAUGAGUCACCACCCGGCUCACCUAAGGGAAGUGUGACUGAACAUCGCCGUGGCUCAGCCGGCAGUCAUAGGCUUCAGAAAUCCGUAUCCAUUCAAGAGCAUUCUUCACCCGAGCAUCAAUCCACAGGAACACUGCUCCCGCGGGCGCCGUCGGAGCCCAAUGGGGAAGUGCGCUUUCUCAUUGGUACAAUGUCCGACGAUGACGAAUUGUGGCAAGCAAAAGAGCGACGACGCAGUCGUAAACAAAUGCGUGCGGCACGAUCUACGCCGCUGUUUGAGGAUCCCAGUUCACGACGACGUGUCGGCUCUGAUGUGGAAUCCGUCCUAAAGUCAAUGCCAACUGAAACCGAAGAAGCUGUUAAUUUGAAAGAUAAAGAUUUGGAUGGAAUGUGGGGCCAUAGAAUGCAGGCUGGGAAAGUUGGAGUAAGACCAAGAAUGAAAGGUGUAAAAUCUAUCAUACAUCCCGGCAAAGGUCAUCCAGCAGCAGCAGUCCUCAGAAGAGCCGGUACUGUGCACGCCGGUGGACCAAUUCCACAAAAGAGACGAUACGAACGCACUCCACAUGAAGUUUAUGUGGAGAUGGAAGAAUUAGUGCAAGAUGGAGAGCAAAUGGAAUGGAAGGAAAAGGCCCGUUGGAUAAAAUAUGAAGAGGAUGUUGAAAUGGGUGACAAGUGGGGAAAGCCACAUGCUGCAUCCUUAUCCUUUCACAGUUUGCUUGAACUGCGCAAGUGUCUUGAGAAAGGCACAGUUUUAUUGGAUCUUGAAGGAAGUGAUAUUGGCACUAUAACCAUGGCUGUUGUGGAUAAUAUGGUUAUCACGGAUCAGAUUAAGCAUGCUGAUAGGUGGCCGGUGACAAGAGCUCUCCUUGUUCGACACCGCCAUAUGUCGGAGCAACCGCCAACUAAAAUGAAAGGGAGCGGAUCGGCCAUGAAUUUCCAGAAUUUGAUCGCAUCACUGAGCUUUUCACGAACACGAACCGGAAACAGUGUGCAGCGGAUGAAUAGUGCAGCCAGCCUGAAGGAUAUCGAAGCGGGCCAAGUUCAACUACCAGCUAACGCCACGGAUGUGACAGUGUCGACAGAGAACACCGGCAAGCCGUUGCCCAAUAGUGCCUCAUUUGAUGCGCAUCCCCGGAAGUUCUCGCAGAUCCCUCAGAUUCGCAAGCGUAUUCCUCACGGCGCCGAAGCGACAACAGUGUUGGUGGGAGCGCUGGAUUUUCUCCGCGAGCCGGCUGUAGCCUUUGUGCGACUGGCUUACGCAGCUAAUCUGCAUGGAUUUUUGGAAGUGGAUGUGCCGAUUCGGUUUCUGUUUGUUUUGCUAUGUCCAAAAGGUUCGCUCGAUUACUAUGAGAUUGGUCGGUCCCUGUCCACUCUGAUGUCGAACAAGGAUUUUCACGAUGCCGCAUACCGAGCCGAUGACCGGCGCGACUUGCUCAACGCUAUGAAUGAAUUCCUGGCCGACAGCAUCGUUCUACCACCUGGCCAUUUGGAUAAACCAUCGCUGUUACCCUUAUCAGACAUUCAAAAAAUGAAUAAAAAUGUCCAGCAAAGACGUCGUAUGUCCCGUAAAGAUGUCUCUCCGCUUGCUAGUCCAAAGAAGUACCCUGCCAAAAAGCGCCGAUAUUCUGUGAUUCCGGAUGAUACGUUACGGCGAACGGGUCGACUGUUUGGCGGCCUGAUUAAUGAUGUGAAACGCCGGUUUCCUUGGUACUGGAGCGAUAUUCGGGAUGGACUGAAUUUUCAGUGCCUGGCAUCAAUUUUCUUCAUCUUUUUCGCUAAUCUGGCCCCGGCCAUAACCUUUGGCGGGAUAUUGGAGGAUAAAGUCAAACAUUACAUGGGAGUGUCGGAAAUGUUAAUCGCUUCAUCGCUCUGCGGAAUGAUGUUCUCCCUUGUGUCAGCCCAGCCACUGACUAUAAUUGGCGCCACGGGACCAUUACUGGUUUUUGAAUACAGUCUUUAUAAGUUUUGUAAGUCAAGUCACAUUGAGUUCAUGCCAUUUCGGAUAUGGAUUGGAUUCUGGGUGGCGGCCCUGGCUGCCAUCGUCACGGCCUUCGAUUUAGGUGUUUUGAUACGUCACGUGACCCGCUUCACGGAAGAAGUCUUUGCUGUAUUGAUUGCCUUUAUCUUUACAUUUGAAUCGCUCCAGAGAAUUUAUUACGUCUUUUAUGCCCAUCCUUUGCUGACGAUUGAUGAAUACUGCACGGAAAGGGAGAAAACGUUAGCCAUCCGUGCGUUAAAUGGCUCACAGAUUCAGAACUUGAGCUUAUUAAAUCCGGCUCAUCGUCGGACGUACGAAAUUCUGCCUUCCUUCGACCAUCCCAACAUCAGCCGUUCGUUCGCAACACAUUUUGAUGAGACGGUGACCGAAUAUUCUAAUGAACCGAACACCGCUUUAUUCUGUGUUAUUUUGAUUAUUGGAACGUUGUUUAUUGCCACUGAGCUCCGGCAAUUUCGAAAUAGCAAAUACUUAGGGAGAAAUGCGAGAAGAGCCAUUGGGGAUUUCGGUGUACCGAUUGCAAUUUGUGCUAUGGUGCUGGUGGACAUCUUGGUUCCUAUCCACACGGCGAAAUUAGACAUUCCAAGUGAUUUGACCCCAACAGCGCCUAAUAAGCGCGGUUGGUUUAUCAAUCCCUUUGGGAUUAAGAAGGCCAUCGCUGGGUGGGAGGUGGUGGCCGCAAUCAUUCCCGCCCUCCUCGUUUUCAUCUUGAUGUACGUGGAGGUGCAGAUAACGUGUAUACUGGUGAAUAAGAAGGAACGCAAGCUAAAAAAAGGUUCGGGUUACCAUUUGGAUUUGCUGAUUGUUUCCUUUAUGGCGCUGGCCUGCUCUUUCUUUGGAUUACCAUGGAUGUGUGCAGCCACUGUCCAGACCAUCUCCCACAUCUCCAGUUUGUCGGUUUAUAGUCGAACCCAUGCCCCUGGUGAAAAGCCAAAAUUGUUGGAAGUUAGGGAGCAGCGUGUGACAAAUUUCUUCUGCAGUUUCCUAAUUGGUUGUGGUGUGGUGUUUGGAUCGCCCGCCCUGCGUCUUAUCCCCAAAGCUGUGGUGUUCGGUGUUUUUCUGUACCUGGGUCUGAGCUCCAUUACGGGCGUGCAGUUUGUGGAUCGGAUUAAACUGUUCUUCCGACCAGCCAAACACCACUAUGAUCUGAACUACGUACGGAAAGUGCGGACCUGGAAGAUGCACGCCUUCACCGGCAUCCAGCUGGCCUGCCUGGCCGUGCUGAUUGCCGUUAAAUCCACCGAUGCCGCACUGGGAUUCCCCUUUGUCCUGUUGCUCAUGGUGCCGCUGCGGCGCGGUUUGUCGCGAUUUUACACGAAGGAGGAACUGCAUGAACUGGAUAAGGAUGAUUGUGAUGUGGAUCAGAGCGAUUCCGAGCGGGACGAUGGCGAUGACGAGAAGAGUUCCUUGGAAGAAACGCACAUGCCGGUGUGACACAUUCGAGUGACGAAGUUGUUGGAGGAUUCAGUAAUAAUAAUAAUUGUUGUGUGGAUUAUGGCCGGUGCGAUCUCGCUCUCUGCGAUCGGAAAGAGAUGCUGUAAUAAUUUAUUAUGUGCCCAUUGGUGCGAUAAGUGUAUUUUUCUUUCUGAGGUUUUUUUAUCCGAUUCUGGUGAUAUUCGGGGAUAGCCGAUGAAGGAGCUUGUAUACUCGCUUUUGCGGAAAUGUGCGUUGAAUCAACGCGAACUAUCAAAACUUUUAAUAAUUGUAUUCAGAAGUUGUUUUGCCUUGGAUUUGCGUGGCUUCUGGUAUUCUUGUCUUCCUUUGUUUUUGACCGUUCCGUACGUGUUUUAUUUAAAUGGUUUUAUUUCCUUUCCUGCUCAACGGCUCUUGAAAGUGAUAAAAGUCUAUUCGGG